GGCCUUUUACGGCGCCGUAAAGCAGCUCGGCCGAAUCCGCUGCCGCACGUCCCGGGCAGCGGCGGCAUGGAGGCGCGCUUCACGCGCGGGAAGUCGGCGCUGCUGGAGCGCGCGCUGGCCCGGCCGCGCACCGAGGUGAGCCUGAGCGCCUUCGCGCUGCUCUUCUCCGAGCUGGUGCAGCACUGCCAGAGCCGCGUCUUCUCUGUGGCGGAGCUGCAGGCUCGCCUGGCCGCGCUAGGCCGCCAGGUGGGCGCCCGCGUUCUGGAUGCGCUGGUGGCUCGUGAAAAGGGCGCCCGGCGCGAAACCAAGGUGCUGGGCGCCCUGCUCUUCGUUAAGGGCGCCGUGUGGAAGGCGCUCUUCGGCAAGGAGGCCGACAAGCUGGAGCAGGCCAAUGACGACGCCCGCACCUUUUACAUCAUCGAGCGGGAGCCGCUCAUCAACACCUACAUCUCCGUGCCCAAGGAGAACAGCACGCUCAACUGCGCCAGCUUCACGGCUGGCAUCGUGGAGGCGGUGCUCACGCACAGUGGCUUCCCCGCCAAGGUCACAGCGCACUGGCACAAGGGCACCACGCUCAUGAUCAAGUUCGAGGAGGCGGUCAUCGCCCGAGACCGGGCCCUGGAGGGCCGCUGAUUCUGCGCCCCCCCCCCCACGACUCCCGAUAAAGGAUGCAGAUAGCCCCCUU